UCACGUGGUCGCCUCUGACAGGGUGGUGGGCGUGUCUUAAACAGUGGGGUUUCAUUCAUAAAUACUUUUAGGCUUUCAAGUCCACAUUAAAGUGUUCACAGACGAGUUUCGUGUUAUUGGCGUCGUCCCUCCACUCCCGCGUGGACCAGCUUGGUUCUGUAGCCAUGCAGCGCUGCUGUCCUGUUGCUCCAGGGCCAGUGGGCCAGCCCUGAGGAGGGAAACACUGCCGCUCGGGCUCUGUCAGCUGGGUGGGCUGUGCUGGUUGAGGAUUCAGCGAGGGAGCUGAGGAGGAUACUCCAGAAACACAGCCUGACACACACAUUCAGAGCUGCUGCAUGCGCACUGCCCUCCAUCAGGGGGGACUCUUUAGUUGGCCUGGACCAUGAGCAAUGAGUCUACCGUCUGGAACAUCCUACCAGAAAACUCCACAGGGAUCCCAUUUGAGGUUGAGAGCAAGCAAAACAGCUAUGUGCUCCUUCUGUUGAUCCUGGUAGGAACUCUGAUUGUCAUCUCUGUCUUCCUCAUCACUUGCCGCCGUUGCUAUCGAGGAGGAAAAUGCUUUGACAGGGCCAGCGAUGACCCUGAGAAAACCAACACCACCUACAUGGAGGAGUCUCAGCCCACCCAUGAAAUCACCAUCAGGGUGGAUGAGUCAGACUGCCUGUCUAUGGCCAGCUCUCAUGACCAAGAGACGGAGCGUUUCCUCUCCACUGGGCCCACAGGGCGCCGAGUCUCCUUCAACGAGGCUGCGCUCUUCGAUCAUGGCAAGAAGACUCAGGAGAAGGGCCGCAGGUACACUCUGACCGAAGGAGAUUUCCACCACCUGAAGAACGCUCGGCUUACGCACCUCCAUAUACCUCCCCCCGCCCUCAAGAUUGUCACCAUCCAUGAGUGUGAUUCGGCCGAGAACACCAUCACUAUGACAACACGGCCCGUUGCUAAAUCAGCGCUUUCCAUCUUUCAGCCGAUGCUGUGUCCUCUACCACAAACAGCACUGACCAGCCUUAGUGUCAAUCCCAGCUGUGCCCUCCCUGGAGAUGCACUCAACUCUGUGGUGGACACCCGCUUCCAUGACAACAAUGUGACUCUCAGUACCAAGGAGCCCAGCACCUGCUCUAUUGAGAUGAUGGGAGUGGGCCCCAGGGGCAGGGGCAGCAGCAUGAGUGUCGGCGAAGGAGGCGCUGUGGGGAGCAGCGCCUCUCCCGCCAGUGGCGGUACCGGGAGCCAGAGGCCAAUGCUGCAGUUCUUCACUAAACUUCGGCGCCAUGCCAGUCUGGAGGGGGCCAGUCCCUACUUAAAGAUUAAGAAAUGGAAGCUGGACAGCAGCCAGAGAGCAUCGAGUCUGGACACCAGAGGCUCUCCAAAGAGGCGACAGUUCCAGCGUCAGCGAGCGGCCAGUGAGAGCAUGGACCAAGACGAUAACGACACACACCACAUCGACCUUAUCCAAUACAUUGCACGUACCCAGGACAUCACCUACUGCACCAGCCAGCCCAAUACACGCCUCCUCUCAUCUCCUUCCACGCCAUCCCCCUCCCUCGGCAGGGUAGAGGUAGAGGUGAUGGUGGAGCCCAGCUGCAGCCAUGGAGGAGCAGGGGUGAUUGGCCUGUCCCCUGAUCCCCAGGAUGAAGCACUGUCUGUGGCAAGAAAUGAAGGCGCAAACGCAUUGGAUACCCUUGAAAACCAGGACCCUCAGUCACUUUACAGAGACAUCUGGACACUACGGGCAACACUUGAACAGUACGCCGCCUCUGACCAGAGCAGCAACAAUGACAGGAUCUCAGUCUGUAGCGAUGCUGACAGCGUGUGUUCACUGGGCGGGCGCACGGAGACCGAACGGGGAGGACUUCCUAGCUACCCAUCCCAGGAUUUAGGCGACGAGGCAGAGUGUGGGCAGGACGACAAGGACUUUUUUAUAUAUGUAGAUGAAAAUUUGGGAACCAAGGACAGACAAAAGAGAAAACAAGCAAGCACUGAUUCAGAGCGAGGGACCAGCGAUGGUGAAACGGGGACUCGUAAAUUACUUCAGAUGGACAGCGGCUAUGCGUCAAUUGAGGCUCCUUCUCGAGGUCCAGAAGACCUGAGACUAUUUGGAAGCACCAGCGUUAGCAGCAGUCCUAAAGACAGAACAGCUCACGAGAAAAGGCACCAUUUCACCAGCGCAGGGCGGACUGGCACUAUCGGUGAGAGUUUUGAGUCUCACCUUUUUGAGGAAGAACCUGAGGAAGAGUUGCUUUUGGGCGCCAGUGGAGGAGUUUCCAUUGAACCAGGCGCUGGCUCCUUGAGCUGGUUUCCAUAUGGUCAGAUGCUGACACCUCGAGAGGCUGCGCAGCCUCCACUCCCACCACUGACCUUGCACCGGCGAGACUACAGCAUAGAUGAGAAAACAGAUGCACUCUUCCACGAGUUUCUCCGGCAUGAUCCUCAGUUUGACCAGCAGGAGUCACCACUAAGGAAGCACCGAUCUCGAAUUCACCUUCGCAAGCAGUGGCAGCGCCACAAGCAGUGGAGCGACCCCGGUGUCAGACAUUUCCAUUCAUCUUUUGAGAGGCAGCGCACGCCACUGCGGAGGGGCGAUAGCGUUAACUACCCUCUGGACACAAGCUACCACAGCACGUUGCCACGCAUCGUCAGCGCUCCCGAUGAAGAGACCAGUGAUGGGACUGGCAGCACACCCGACACUCCAAAGAUAGAGCCAGCAGCCACCGAGGAACAACAAAAAGACAAACAGCGGGGUGCCUCUAUCAGAGAACCCCGGGACAUGUCUUCUUCUCCUCCAACAUCUGUCUUAGAGAAAGAUGGAGGACUGGCUGAACACCUUGAUCCUCAGGGGGACAGCAAACAGUCCGUACAACUUCCUGAACCACUGGAUGAGCGAUCACCCCCUCGGUUGCCCGACUCCUCAGGCUAUGGCCCGCAGACCAUCACAGCGGAGCUCACGGACAAGCUGACUGCUAACCUUGAUGAGAGGCUGUACACGGGACUCCGCAGAACCAAGGACACAGCCGCCGAGUGCGUGACGGUGACGGCCACACACGCUUCUCCUGACCACAGCCCAGUGUAGCAGGGCUCCUUUCGUCCUCCUCAUCAACAUAC